AAGGGUCCAACAUGUUGUUCACGGAAGAUGGAAGAAAAGUAUCAAAUGUUGGCUCGCUUGAAUAUGGAACAGCUUCUUCAGUCUGCAAGUGUGGAGCUCAAGUUUGUAAUUAUUCAGAAUGCUGCGGUGUUCCAAGGUUGCCGUGGUAGAGUGUGCCCUCAGCUGAUCAUCUUUCCAUUGUCUGGAUGGUAGGAGUAAGGCCUCCAACAGGGGUGGACAUGAAAGAACAGGACCACUCUCAGCGUCCGCCACGCUUCCGCGGUGGUAUGAGGCGCUUUCAGGGGGGAGAGCGCGAGCAUCUAGUAAGAAGAGGGGAAAGAGGAGCUGGAUCACGACGGGGUUUCUGUCCUAGGAUGCCCCAGUUCCAACAUGAUACUCUCCAUUUUGGCAGUGGAAGGAGCAGAGGUGAAAGAGUGAUAGCGCACUCGGUGAACUUUGUUAGAUUAUCUCGUUCUUUCCCAAAUACUGCUCAUUUAUCCGAGGCUUUUAUGAGGGACGAUGGGGCCAGAGCCAUGCCAAUGCCCUAUCCUUGGUGGCCUCAUCCCUUCUCUGAUGAAAUCUAUGGACCUACGAUGGGGCCUGGAGAGGGGAGAGGUAGAAUGGUGGGCCAUCCAAACAGGUUUCAGGGCUUUCAUGGUGGUCCUCGUGGAGCUCCACGUGGGGUAGGAAAUGGAAAAGGUAGAAAACUUGCCCAGAUGAACAGGCCUGGGGCCUUUCCUGACUUAUUCCAUCUUGUUGAUCAUGGAGAUAUGAGAGGUAGAGGAACUACCCAUUUCAGAAGGGCUCUUACCUUCUCCUUUGGUCUUCCUGAGGGUAUGACUGGGGUAGGAGAUUCAAGAGGAAGUGCAGAUCCCAGAAGGUCUAGGGCUUUCCGUAAUGGUCCCCGUGGAGCUGCAGUUGGACGAGGAAAUCCCAGAUUCAGACCAAAUCCCCAACCUAUGGGGACCUUCCCUGAUGGUUUAUCUCGUGGAGCCAUGGGUGGACCAGGAGAAGGAAGAGUGAAAGUAAAUAUUCAGUCCAGGAGAUGUUGGUUUUUCCGUGAUUCUUUCCAUAGAGCUGUAUUUGGGGUAAGCAAUAGAAGAUCUAAAAUAACUGGCUAUCCUGGGAGCUCUUGCAAUUACCCUGAUAGUUUUCAGGGAGCUAUGGGUAGGCCAACAGAUGAAAGACUGAGAGGAAGUGACCAUUUCAGAAGGUCAUGGGCUUUCCCUGAUGUGACUAUGAUUACUACACAUAUAGAGCGAAGAGUUAGAAGAGGUACCUUGUUCAGAGGGCCUCAGGCCUUCCCUGAUGCUUUUCGUGGAGGCAUGUUUGGGAGAGGAAAUGGAAGAGUUAGGGGAGCUGCCUAUCCCAGAGUGCAUCAAGUCUUUUCUGAUGCUGUUCGUGGAAGAGUAAUUGGGAGAGGAGAUGGAAGAGUAAUUGGGAGAGGAGAUGGAAGAGUAAUUGGGAGAGGAGGUGGAAGAGUAAUUGGGAGAGGAGGUGGAAGAGUAAUUGGGAGAGGAGAUGGAAGAGUAAUUGGGAGAGGAGAUGGAAGAGUAAUUGGGAGAGGAAAUGGAAGAGUAAUUGGGAGAGGAGGUGGAAGACCUAUGGUACCUGGUUACCCCAGGAGGUUUCGGAACUUCCAUAAUGUUGUCCAUGGAACAGGAGAUGGAAGACUUAGAAUAAUUGAUCACAUCAGGAUGUCUCAGGCUAUCCCUCAAGGGUUCCCAGGACCCUUGGUUGGGGCAAGAGAUGGAAGAGCUUUAGUAAGCACUUACCAGAGGGACUAUCAACCUUUCCUGGAUUGGUCUCCAUGGAGCUGUAAUUGGGCCUGGCAUCAGAAUGGCUAGAGUGUCAGGCCAUUUCAGAGGUUCUCAGUCCUUCAGUGAUGAUUUCUAUGCAGCUAUAUUUAGACUAGGAGAUAAAAUGAUCCAUGGCCCAUCUGAUGUAAUUUUAGGCCUUCCUUAAUAGUUUACUUAAAGUUAUGAUUGAGACAAGAGAUGGAAGAACAUGAUAAGUGGCCCAUCUCUUUGGAUCUUGGGCCCUCUCUGAAAAUUUCUUUCAAGUUUUAGAGGAGGAAAUAGAAUAGUUUGAAUGUUGCUCUAUUCCAGAUCCCAAAACUUUCCCAAAGGCCUCAGAAUGGUGGGGUAAAACUGGAAGGGUUAGGGAGUAUCACCUUUCCCAGUUGCUUUCAGUCCUCAAACACUAUUCUUUUAAGUGGCUUAAAGCUCACUGAAACAGUUUAUGUUGGGCUUCCAGCAUUGGGGGCUCUAGAGGAUCAUCCUCUCAAAUCUUGUUCUGAGCUGUUUUUUUUCAGGUUCCCACUCAUGGAGUGCAUGUUUUUUAGCUUAAAUGUUUAUGUUUUAUGCAAUAUCUAAGAAUAAAGAUGUUUUCUGCUCUAUUGGAAUUUUAUUACUU